GUUUUUCAUAAAAUUUAAAUAGAUGGACGGCGAAGGCAGCCCAAAGAUCGAAACUGAGGCUGAAGGAAUGAAGGAAGUCGACCAAAAUUCGAAGCAAAGAGAGGGACAAGAUGACGUCCUUGAGGAAACCAUCGGCGCUGAUGAUAAGGACGCCAAAGAGGAAGAAGUUAAACUCAAUAAUCAAGACCCUCAGCAGGAGUCUCAAGAUGAAGAUCAGAAAGAUGAGACUGAAAAUGACGAAUCUCCUGACAAGAGUCAAGGGAAUGAUGAAGAAGAAGAUAAACAAGAGGAAGAACCUCACAGAAAUGACCUAGAAGAAGAGAAACACCCUCAGCAAUUAGACGAUAACAACGGGGGAAAUGAUGGGAAUAUUAGGGAAUCUAUGAUGAUUCCCAAUACACCUCCAGAGGAAGAAGACAAUCAAGAUCCAAUGGAGGGCUCUCACAGAAAUGAAGAGUACUCAGAUGGAAACGAAGUUUACGACAAACAUCAAAUUGAAGGGCCCCAGUAUGAUAGAGACCUCGAAGGAGAGUACCAAUACGGAGAGCGAGAUGACGAAGAGACCAAACGACUAGACGACGAGGAUAAUGAAGACCAAUUCUCCGGAAGAAUCCAUCCAGAUAAUUAUGAAGAAGAGGAAGAAGAGGAGGAGGACCUCAUGCAAAGCAAGAUUAGAGCAAUCAUUGAGCUCUGUCAUCAAAAUGAAGGUAAAUAUGGAGAUACAGACUUCUCCCCUAAUGAUGCUUCAUUGUAUAAGAAUCCUGCUGAGCCUCCAGACUAUGCUGAGAACACUCCUGUUGUAGAGUGGAAGAGACCAGAAGAAGCACUAAAAAGUGGGAAUGAGGAUGAAAUCAAAAUGAUUUCUCAAGGAAUGACUUCAGGUGAUGUAAAGCAGGGUACUCUCGGAGACUGCUGGCUUCUUGGAGCAUUCCUAAUUCUUGCAACUCGUCCACAUCUCCUCCAAAACUUAAUUGUUAAGGAUGGAAUCAAAUAUGGGUUUGCUGUGUUCCAAUUUUUCAAAAAUGGAGAGUGGCAACAAGUGUUAGUUGAUACACGUCUCCCAUAUAAUAGAGAGAUAAAGACACCCCUGUAUGGACAUUGUGCUGAUCCUACAGAAGUGUGGGUACCUCUCAUGGAAAAGGCAUAUGCCAAGCUCCACAAGAACUACGAAAACCUGAAUGGAGGGUCACUGGCAGAAGCUCUUGUAGAUCUCACAGGUGGUGUUUCAGAGAAAAUCUACCUCCACACUGAAGAAGUCAAGGAUGCGAUGGAAAAUGGCCAACUGUGGAAAGAACUGAGGAAGUAUUUCCAAGCUGGAUACCUCCUUGGAUGUGCCAACAACAAAAUUGACGAGGAUGGAAACCAAGAGGAAGGAGCUGGAAACCAGGGUAUCCAAUACAACCAUGCCUAUGGUAUCAUGGACAUCAGGGUUGCCCAAGGCAUCCAGCUCAUCAGAAUCAGAAAUCCAUGGGGAUACGGUGAAUGGACAGGAAGAUUUGCAGAUGAAGAUGAAGCAUGGGACGACGCUAAAGGACUCAAAGAAGAACUCAAUUAUGAUUUCAAUCCUGAUGGAACAUGGUGGAUGAGAUAUGAUGAUUGGUACAAUAACUAUAACAGAGUUUAUGUCUGUAAAGUCUUUCCUCAAAACUGGGAGCAAUAUUCUAUCAUCAGAAACUGGGAAGGCAAUUCUGCAGGUGGUCCAUACCCUCCAGAUGUUGAUAGGGACGAAACUACAGGUGUGCAUACUCAGCUAGAUACCAAUGAUAAGUGGUUCAACAACCCUCAAUUCAGAUUAUCUGUUUACAAGAAGACCCAAGUGUAUAUUUCUUUGAUGCAAGAAGAUGAAAAGAUCUCUAAAAAGGCUUAUAUCCCCGUCAACUUUUUGGUGGUAAGGGUGAAAUCGAAGAAGCAAAGGUUGUGGGAAGUCGACAAAGACGACAUUGUCUUGGAAGCAGCUAAGGGACAUCAAAGAUUUGGACAAAGAGAAAUUUGUAUGACAUGAGUCCUCAGCCCUACUUAUGAGAAAAAGCCUGUUCAUUAUAUUAUUGUGCCAAAUACUGAAGUUGAGAAUAAGAAAGAUGAGGAGAGGCCUUUCUUCCUAAGAGUAUUUACAUCUGAUAGAGCUGAUCUUGUUGAGCUUCCUGAAACAAUAGAGCAAACCUCUAUUGGCAAAUGGGGUCCUCAAACUGCAGGUGGAAGGCGUACUCUUCCAAACGGAUCAGAGAAUAAAUUCUGGUGCAGAAACCCUCAAUAUUUCUUAAACUUGAAGAAGCCUACACAUCUGAAAAUUAUUCUCAGAAAGAAAGGUGGAAGGAAGACAAAAGGCGUAAAUAUCGGGCUUUGUGUCACAAAAGCUUUGCCUCCAACCUCAAAACCAGCUUCAAAAAUUAAGAAAGACGGGGUUGAACUUUCUCCAGCAAAAGGUGCUGCCACUAGAAUGAAUGCGGCAACAAGGAUGAACAGGAUUUCAAAGAAUAAGUUCAAAACUACCUCUGUUAUUACUAAAAGGAUAAUUAAAGAGGACAACUUUCCCGAAAUUGUUCCACCUGUACUAGAGAAUCUCGAGCGGAAACUUCAAAUAUUACCAAAUGAAUGGUACAUUGAGUCUCAAUUCAAGAAUGAAGAUGUUGCUGCUAUUUAUGCUUUCUGGAAACCAACUAAAGGACCAUUCCUAAUAGUUCCAUCUCUUGAGGGUGCAGAUUUAUACUCUGAUUACACCCUGACUGUCUUCAGUAGCAACCCAGUUGAAAUUGAGAAGCUUGAGGAUUCUAAAAACAUGGUUAUAUCAGGGGAGUGGAAUGAGAAGAGUGCAGGAGGGUGUCACUUGCAUGACUCUGUCUUUGAAAAUCUCCCCGACAACCAGACUUGGAUUAACAACCCUAAAUUCUUGCUCAAGCUUCACACAACUCAAAAAACUGAAGUAAAGAUUACUCUAAGUAGACCUGAGAAAUCAUGGAAGAAGAAAAUCGCAGUUAGUGCUGUUGAUUGCAUGAUGGGAUUCUAUGUUUUCCCUAGUACCAACACAUUCUCGACCUCAAUCUGCAUCAGUGAAAUGAAGUUUGUCCCAAUGAAUGAGUACAAUGAAGUCCUCGAGCUAGAUGGAAACCCCGAAGGUUACAUCAUCAUGCCAACGACUUACAAGCCAAAGCUGAAGGGUACCUUCAUCAUAUCUGUUUCUACAGAUGUAGAAUUCUCUCUCGAAAUUGCAGAUUAAAAGAGCUCAAUUAAAAAUA